GUCAAACGUGUUCACUAUUACUCUGACUCUGGUAACGUGACUUCCUGGUAACGUGUUAGGUAGGAAAAGCAGUAAAAAAGUGCAUAUUAAGGGAGCAGAUUUGAAAUAAUAUUUAUACUUAACAAGAAAUAAUUAAAGGUUCAAUGGGGAGACCUAAAGAUUUACGCAUAUGGGAGCACUACCGUACUUUACCAAACAAGUCUGUUUCUUGCAAGCUUUGUAAUAAGGUCUACAAAUUCAGUAAUGCUGCCAAAAUGCUUCAACAUCUUAUCACUUGUCCAAAAUCUCCAGAAACAUUAAAAGACUCUAUGAAACUUAUAAAAGAUAGCUCGUCCAAAACCAAAAUGUCUGGACUGUCAGAGAUAGAGACAAAUGAUUCUUUUAUAAGCCCCUCGUCGUCUGCUAACACUACAAUAAAUGCUGAGUUUCAAGACACCGAUGAUCAUAUAAAAACAGAAUUAGCGAGAGCUAUAUUUGUAACAGGGACGCCAUUAUCGAUGGUGCAACAUCCUUUAUGGAUACAAUUUUUCGAAAAAUUGCAACCAAAAUUUAAAAUACCUUCACGUAAAGCUUUAGCGACAAAAUACUUAGAUAAAAUAUAUAGAGAAAUGCGUUUUGAGUUAAAUGAGGAACUAAAUGCUUGUAGUUACUUACACCUUCAGUGCGAUGGCUGGUCUAAUUUAAGAAAUGAAGGAAUAAUAAACUUUCUUAUAUCAAAACCUCAACCUGCAUACGUUAAAAGUUUGAAUACAGAAAGUAAUCCUCACACUAGUGAAUACCUUAGCCAAGAAGUUGAAAAAGUAAUGAAAGUGUAUGGAGCAAAUAAGUUUCUUGUACUUAUUGGCGAUAACGCUAGAAAUAUACAAAAGGCAUUCGAAUUAACAAAACUCAAAUAUCCACAUGUUGUUCCUCUCGGUUGCUGUGCACAUAUCCUUAACUUGUUGUGCCAAGAUAUUGUAAAGAUACAAGAAGUAACUGUGUUUAUUAUGCAAGCCAUAAAUAUAAUAAAAACUGUUAAAAGGAGUCAACGAUUAAGUUCCUUGUUGAUAAAAUCAAGGCAGGGUGAAGAUUCUACACAAACACUAAAAUUGCCUUGUGCUACAAGAUGGGGAAGUCAUGUUACUUCGUUAAAAAGUUUGAAAGCAAAUAAGAUAGCUUUGCAAAUAUUAACAGUUAGAGAAGAUGUGGUAAUUUCAAGAGAUAUUAAAGAUUUAAUUCUAAGUGAUGAUUUCUGGACGAAGACAGGGGAAUGUAUAAGUAUUUUGGAACCAGUCACUGAAAGCAUAUUUUACUUAGAGAGCGACCAGAAUCGUUUGCAUCGCACAUACAUUACAUUUAGAGAUGUACAAGCUAAGAUACGUUUUGCAUUAAAUGAGAUUUCGACAUUGAGCGAAGAAAGCAAACAGCAGAUUCUAACAUCAGUAUCUUCAAGAUGCAAUAUGGCAAUGAGGCCAAUACAUUUUGCAGCAUAUAUUCUAGACCCCAGGACUCUAGGAGUCGAACUUACUCAAGAGGAAGAACUUAAGGGUAUGGAGUUUAUCUACAAUUUAAGCCAACACUUAAGUUUGUCAAAUGUAAUGGCAGAUUUGGCGUGUUAUAAAGCUAAAGAAAACUUUUGGGCCAGAGGAUUUGUAUGGAGCUCAUUAGAUAGCAUUGAGCCCCUAAUAUGGUGGAAAGGUAUUUGUGGUUCCACUGAGUUAAGCAAAGUAGCGAUUCGUAUUCUAUCAGCUCCCUGUACUUCGGCAGCCACUGAGCGUUCCUUUAGUAUCCAAGGCUACAUACAUAAUAACAAAAGAAAUCGACUUACAACUGAAAGAACUGAAAAAAUUUCAUUCAUUUGUUAUAACUGGAAUCUUAAACAUAAAGCUGAAUGCGAGGACAUUCAGUUUAAUGAAGAAAAUACCUUAGAAGCUUUCAUUGAGCAAGUAAAUGAACAUAACAGUUUAGACGAAAUAGAGCCUAUCGAACCUAUACAAUUCAUCGCUUGUAAUAACUCUGAAUCUGACAGUGAUUGACUGUAGUUUUACAUUUUACUUUCAUCUCUUUCUUAAUAAACUCAAAAUCAAAUUAAAAGUUUUUUAUUCUGUAGGCUGCAUAAUAAUAUUGUCUAUGUCCAGUAUAGUGGACGUCUUGCGGCUGAGAUGACGAUGAUGAAGUACAAAAUCAUAAACACCCAAAAAUUUGGGUGUUUAUGGGGUUUAAACCCAAUAAACCCAAAACACCCGGUUUUUACCCACCAGACUUUAAACCCACCCAGGUGGAUUGCCCAUCUC